AUGAGAAAGCUGAAAUUCCACGAGCAGAAGCUGCUCAAGAAGGUCAACUUCUACGAUUGGAAGUCGACCGACAAUGUGCGAGAGUCGGCCUUGCUUCAAAAAUAUCAGAUAGAGAACCGUGAAGACUUCACCAAGUAUCACAAGCUGGCAGGUUUGGUCACGAAGGUGGUUGCGAAGCUUCGGAAGAUGAAGGCUUCUGACGAAGACCGAAUCAAGAUGACGGAAAUCUUGCUGGACAAGCUCUAUUCGCUGGCUCUGAUACAAAACAAGCAGAGCCUGGAGGACUGUGUGGACCUGCACACCUCCAGAUUCUGCCGACGGCGCCUUCCGGUAGUGCUCGUGAAGAUGAGGUUGUGUGAGAACCUGCCUCAAGCGAUCACGUACAUCAAGCAGGGUGAAGUGCGAAUUGGCCCGGACUUGGCUACCAAUCCAGCGCUUCAUGUGACGCGAGAAAUGGAGGAUCACAUUACCUGGGCCGAGGGGUCCAAGAUGAGACGCCACAUCAAAGAGUUCAGCAAUGAGGUCGACGAUUUCGACCUUCUGGGCAAUUAG